AUGAGCAACCUUCACAAGAGGUACGGACCUGUGAUUCGGGUAGCCCCUGACGAACUGUCAUUCUCUAGUGCGGUCGCUUUCAAAGAAAUCUAUGGCCACCAGAAGGCCGGCCGCCCAGAACUGGUCAAAGACAAGAAAUAUCACAAGUUCGUCCCUGAGCCAAUUCUCAUCAACGCUGAUCGGGAGUAUCACGGUACCCUCCGAAAGCUUUUGUCGCACGGAUUUUCUGAAAGCGCACUGAGAGCCCAAGAGGCUGUCAUCCAAGAGCACGUUUCUAUGUUGAUGCAACGCUUGCGUGAGCAUGGUCACGAAGGUCAGGUCGCCGUCGACGUGCUGCGCUGGUACAACGUGUGUGAAUAUCAUAGACCUCAUGAAUCUUAGCGGGAUGUAUCGCUGACCAAGAAGUAGUCAUUUACGUUUGAUAUCAUCGGCUACCUUAGUAAGUACAAUUACAAGGAUUCGAAGAUGUUCUGCACUGGCCUCAUGCUUACCCGCCUAUCAACGUAGCCUAUGGUCAAUCGUUUGGAUGCUUAGCCAGCUCCAGCAUCCAUCCAUAUGUCGAGCUUAUGUUCCAUUUCAUCAAACUCGCAAGCACCAUGCAAGUAAUGCAACGGCUACCAACUAUUAUGAAAUACCCGUAUGCAAUGUGGGCAGUACCCAAAAAUGUCAAAGCCAACGUUGCGGAGAUGAAAGCUCUCAGCAAUGUAAGUACUCCUCCAGUUUAGGAAGCGCCUUAACCUCUAUCUUUGGCUAACUUGGUACGUAACAGGCCAAAGUCAAUUAUCGCAUGGAGAAUCCUCCUCCGAUACCAGACUUUAUGGCUAAACUGGUCGAAGCUCACCGAGUAGGUAAGAUGACCUUCAACCAGCUGGUCGGGAAUUCCGAUGUCCUACUCGGUGCUGGAAGUGAGACCACCGCGACUGCACUCUCAGGUACGGAGACUUUAUUUUAUCUCUCUCUCUCUGGAGUGCACUGACUAACACUCCUUAUCUCUAGGUCUAACAUUUCUCUUAAUGACCCAUCCCCACGUCCUCAACAAGUUGACUAGAGAGCUUCGCGAGGAAUUCUCUUCAGCUGAGGAAAUUACCGCUGUAGGAGUUAACAAAUGCAAAUACCUUCUCGGUGUCAUCGAGGAGGGGCUCCGCAUCUAUCCCCCUUCCCCCGCUACGCAUCCUCGCUACACGCCUCCCGAGGGUAUCACAAUCGACGAUAACUUCGUUCCUGGAAACAUGGCCGUGGGUGUGACCAUUCUCGCAGCAUGCCUUGACGAGGGCAGCUUCGUGGAUGGCGACAAAUUCAUCCCCGAGCGCUGGACGGGCGAAGACCCGAGGUUCGACGGGGACAAGAAACAGGGAUCGCAGCCUUUUUCGUAUGGGCCGCGGAAUUGCGCAGGGAGAAACUUGGCAUAUCUCGAGCUGAAGCUCAUCAUAGCCAAUCUGGUCUGGCACUUUGAUCUGGAGAAUUGUCAUGAGGGGGACUGGAUGGAUCAGAAGAUCUAUAUGAUAUGGCAGAAGGGGCCUUUGAUGGUUAAGCUCAAGCCCGUCAAGCGGAGCUAA